UCAUUUCAUUCUUGUCCUCAUUCCGCGCAUACUUCGCAUCGUUGUUAGAUACGCGGAAUAGUCGCGCUCUCGCGCUCAGACGAAAAGAAAAAAAAGUGCUCAGCUGGAAAUAAACAGAGCGUGCGCUCGAUCCGAUUGCUCAGCAUCAGACGCAUUUAAAAGACUGAGACUGUAAAAACACCCGCAGAGAUUUUCAUCACUUGUGGAGGUUCAGUAAACACUUUUCCUUCGAUCCGUGCCAGCCAGCUGACCACAGUCUCGCUGUUACAGUUGCUCUUCCCAGGUCAGUGUGCCUAGAGUUCUCCAGGCUCGGGAUCUGAGAUCCCAGCUGUUGCCAUGGAUCCCAGCAGCUGGAGCGGCAGUGAAAGUGCCGGCGAGGAUAUUGAGAGGAUGAGCGACUCGGCCGAUAAGCCCAUGGACAACGAUGCUGAGGGCGUGUGGAGCCCUGACAUUGAGCAGAGCUUCCAGGAGGCCCUGGCCAUCUAUCCACCCUGCGGACGACGGAAAAUCAUCCUGUCCGAUGAGGGAAAAAUGUAUGGUCGUAAUGAAUUAAUCGCCAGAUACAUCAAACUCAGAACGGGAAAGACACGGACGAGAAAACAGGUCUCCAGUCAUAUCCAGGUUCUUGCUCGGAGGAAAUCCAGAGAAUUUCACUCCAAGCUAAAGGACCAGAGCGUGAAGAAUGAUGCGAUCAACAGGAUGGCGGCCAUGUCUUCAGCGCAGAUCGUCUCUGCCACGGCCAUCCACAGCCGGCUGGGGCUCGCAGGACUCCCUCGACACACCUUGCCUGGGGCAACAGGGAUUUGGCAAGUGUCAACAGGACAGCCUGGUUCGUCUCAAGAUGUGAAGCCGUUCGCACAGCAGAACUACCCCAUCCAGACGGCCACAGCCAUCGCAGCCUACGAGUCCCCCACAUCCCUGGCAGCCGCGGUGCCGGCGUGGCACGGCCGCUCCAUCAGCACCACUAAACUGCGGCUGGUGGAGUUCUCCUCCUUCCUGGAGCAUCAGCGGGACCCAGAUUCAUACAACAAGCAUCUGUUCGUGCACAUCAGCCAGACGAAUCAUUCGUACAACGACGCGCUCCUGGAGACAGUGGACAUACGUCAAAUCUACGACAAAUUUCCUGAGAAGAAGGGCGGGCUGAAGGAGCUGUUUGGAAAAGGACCUCAGAACGCCUUCUUCCUGGUCAAGUUCUGGGCCGACCUCAACUGUAACAUCCUGGAGGAUUCUGGGGCAUUUUAUGGCGUAACCAGUCAGUACGAGAGCUCCGAGAACAUGACCAUUACCUGCUCCACAAAGGUCUGCUCCUUCGGGAAACAAGUGGUUGAAAAAGUUGAGACGGAGUAUGCACGUUUUGAGAACGGCCGCUUUGUGUACAAGAUAAACCGGUCUCCCAUGUGUGAAUACAUGAUCAACUUUAUCCAUAAGCUCAAGCACCUGCCUGAGAAGUACAUGAUGAACAGCGUUCUAGAAAACUUCACCAUCCUAUUGGUAGUGACGAACAGGGAGACUCAAGAGACCCUACUGUGCAUAGCCUGUGUGUUCGAGGUCUCCAACAGCGAGCACGGCGCUCAGCAUCACAUCUACAGACUGGUCAAAGACUGAAGCUCCUCGACUCUCACCAGUAACACUACGACCCACAGAGAACAGUGGACACUUUAUAUUCACUGAGGCUUUUAGGCUGCACAGCUGACGACCGCCAAGAGCAGCAAAGCCCAACAGACUAAGAAAAGCCUUUGAAUGACUCACAAGCUGGUUUUAAGUGGCUGUGCCUCUGUCAGUCCCACCCAGAAGGAUUUUGUCGCGUUUUGGAGUGAGGACUGGAAUGAAUAAUUACAUUAUAAUUAGUGUAUCUCUUGUGUUUUGGUGUUUAUUUUUCAUUAACCUGUUCGUGGUGGGUGAAACGGUACGGUUUUGUUACUUUGUUCAGAUGUCUGUUUAACUUGGUUGAUGUUUUAAACCAACAUUAAUGUGUUUUUGAAAGAGCAUUGCUUAUAUGAAAACGUAUUGUCAUAGUACAUGAAAGCUUUUUUCAGUUUUUAUUAUACUGUUUUUAACCUUUUAUUCUCACACUGAAUUACAUUUCAAAGACUUCGCCCCUGGUAUUUUUUGACCUUUAGUGGAUCUAACUUUAAUGAAGAGCAUAAAAAGGUACUGUAUUAUUUAUGUGGAACUACCUGCCUUACACUGCACACGGGCUGUUCCAGUGUGACCUACAGUUAUGUAUAGUAAACACUAGGAAAAAGAUCAUUUUCUUAUAGGAAACUUUAAAAACAGCAACAAAAUGCAACCCUUAAUUAGUGAAUUUUCUUUGCAUUUAAAGCUGAAGUAUGUAAUUUUUUAUUUUUCUGUUUGGAAUCCUAUCCCAGCUUAAUGUGCAGACUCGUCUAAACACUCACUCGACCAAUGGCGUGAAUUGUGGGCGGGGCUAUCCGUUGUUGGCAACUGUAUUUAUUUUUGAAAUUUCAUUAGGUGGCGCUAUUGGCGCAAAAGUAACGAACUUCAGCUUUUUAUAAACGAACGCGUUAUUUCUGCUCAUAUCAUAACAGUCUACACAAGAAAGGGAAUUUACAUAGCAAAAUCACCAAAGCACAUCGUGCCUUAGUGUUUAUCAUCGCAGACAUCGUCUAUUUGUGAGUAAAAGUGGGCUAUUUUGUCUCACUUUUUUUUCUAUCCAGUCUAAGCAAAGUAGGUCACAUCUUUCUCUUGUACACCAAAUAAACACAUUCUAUCACUUCUGUUCAUGCCGAGUGAAAGCUACAGGUAUUUAAAGUGCCUUUUGUGUGUUUUUCCAACUAAGAAAAUUGACACCAAAAAAAAACAAACAAAGCGAGUCAAAUUUGGAUUCUAUCACCGUAAUGGCCUUUGACAUUUUAAAAAAAGCGGGGAGGAAAAGCUCUCUCAUUUUAAUGGAAGGAUAUUUUAAUUUUAGUAGGAAUCGGGAAUUUCAUAUCCAGCAUGAGAAAGCAGUUUGUUAUGGUGUCAUUUAUAUUGAGGAACACAAAGGCAUCACGUGACUUUAAUUAAACUGAUGAGUGACAGUCCAGUGUUUAAAGAACCUCGUUAUUCUGGAUUAAAUGACUCCUGAAUCUGAAUCAAACUGUCGAUCUCAGUCUCAUUUACCACACAAGAUUGUGUUUUGUUAGUUUUUAUUGUCAGCCAUGUUUUACACGUUUUGCAGAGUAUCUGUUAGUAAAAAAAGGCAUUAAAAGAGAACACUAAUGUAUUUGAUGCAGUUAUUGUCUGUUUUCACUAAGAACACUUUGUCUGGGGAGCACUGAAACGAUGAGUUUGGUAGCGUUUUUAAGAGGUAACGUUAGACUCGUGUCAGAUAAUUGUUUUCAGUUGUGUAUAUUAUCCUUGAGGGGAUGAAAAUGAAAAAAAUAAAUUUUAGUGUUUGUACUGCAAA